AUGGAUUAUCGGUCAGAGGAAGAUGCCUUUGUAUUCACCACCCAACUGGCCAUGGCGGCGGUGUUCCCAGCAGCACUCAAAACCGCCGUGGAGCUCGACCUUUUCGAGCUCAUCAAGAAUUCCAGCGCCGCCGUCUCUGCUCGGGAACUCGCCGCCCAGCUUCCCGCCGCCGCCAAUCCCGACGCGCACGUCAUGCUCAACAGAAUCCUCCGCCUCCUCACCAGUUACUCUGUCCUAAAUUCCAACCCCAGAAAUCUCCCCGGCGGCGGCGUUGACUUGGUGUAUUCUUUAGCUCCGUGUGGUUCGAUUAUUCCUUCUCGAGGUCUCCGUCAGGGUGACCCUUUGUCACCUUACUUGUUCAUUAUUUGCACAGAAGCUCUUAUCGCGAUGAUCAACAAAGCAACGGAGAAUGGGCUACUUGAUCAGGGUAUCAAGGUUGCUCCCACGGCGCCAAUGGUAUCAAGUCUUUGUUUUGCAGACGAUACCUUGAUCUUUUGCCAAACUUCUGAAGCAAACGCCCGCACUAUAAAAAAUAUUGUCACUCAAUAUGCAAGCGCCUCGGGACAGGUGAUUAAUUUGGACAAAUCAACUAUGACCUUUUGCCCUCGUACGCAGCAGUGGGAGAAGGAUCUAGUCCACUCGAUCCUAGGAUUUCAGAUAGUGGAGAGACAUGAUAAAUACCUAGGUCUUCCGGCUUCGAUUGGCAAGACUCGUAAACAGAUUUUUGGGUUCCUCCGAGAUCGAACGUGGGCACGCAUUAAGAGUUGGAAUGCGAAACAAUUCUCUAAAGCUGGAAAGGAGAUCUUGAUAAAAGCUGUGCUUCAAGCGAUUCCAUCGUAUGUGAUGUCUUGUUUCUUACUCCCCCAAGGUCUGCUCGUGGAAAUAGAAGCCGCAAUUCGACGCUUCUGGUGGGGUAACCAGAAUGGGAAACCAAUGGCGUGGAUAGUCUGGAAUAAAUUGUGCAAGCCUAAAGAAGCGGGAGGAAUUGGAUUUCGUGAUCUUCGGAGCUUUAACCUCGCCCUUAUUGCAGAGCAAGCGUGGAGAAUCGUCACAAAACCCGAGCUUCUACUGUCAAAAAUCUGA